AUGUCCCCCAAGUCAUCCAGCAUCAACACCUUCCAACAAGAAUCAGUGGAAACUCCAGACACAGCUAAAAAGCGCUUAUGGGAUUCUGAACAGCCACAGAAACCUUCGUACAAAAGAACUAGGGCCCGAAUAGCAGAGCUGGAUGAGGAGGUGCAGUCCCUUCAGCCCUCAACCCAGAGAGAAACAUGCGACCUCGCAGCGAAACUCGAUCGUCUCGAGAACGAGAAUAGAAAGCUGCACCGGGUUCUCGAGGCAAUCAAAGUCGCAGUCGCAGAGGAUGAGGACGGGGACAAGUCGUAUGAGAAUGAUACUUCCGAUCGUUCUCGUAAAAUUUCUCUGGAACCUCCCAACGCAUACUACGGUGAAGGUGUAGAUGUCGUUUCCCUCCUCUAUGAGGGCCUCUUGUCCUUCGACCCCAAAACACCACACGAAUCAUCCAUCCAUCCCCGACCAGAAAGAGUACCAAUCACAAUCCCACCGACAAUGCUGCACCCGAUCCCACGGAAAAUCAACCAGAUCUACGAAUACGUCUUCCGAAUAAGCAACGGGGAUGCUCGCGAGGUAGAGAACGCUGACCCGGGCUUGAUCUUCAAAGCCAUCAAUGAGGGGUGGGAGACCCUACACGCAAAAACGAUGCAGAAUCCGCUGUUCUUGAUCCUGUUUCAUAUCGACCAGCGCAUUUUCUAUCAGCAGCAAAAGGUAACGAGGCUGGCCAUCUUGUAUAAGGAUUUGAAUUUAUUCAAGGCAGGUUACCUCGCCGAAUAG